AUGGUCUACUCCAAAAACCUCCUCGCCAUCUCCCUCAUGGCCGCCACCACCGCCAGCACCGUCCGCGCCACCCCAACCUUCGGCCUGCUCAGCGGUUCCGCUUCCGGCUCUGGCUCCGGCUCAGCCGAUGGCAGCAUCUCCGGCGACGCCAGCCUGGGCGGCAGCGUCUCUGGCGGCGCGAACGUCGGAGCUGGUUUGGGCGCGAACGUCGGAGCGGACGUCGGUGCUGGGCUAGGCGGUGCCGCCGGCGCCGCGGGCAGCCUGAUUGGCGAUAUCGCGGGCGGGCUGUCGGGCCUGGCUGGUGCGCAUGGUGGGCUGGGCGUCGGUGGUGGCGCGGGAGUUGGUGCGGGUGUCGGUGGCGAUGCGAGCAUUGGUGGUGGAGCGGAUGCAGGCAUCGGGGGCAGUGGCUCUGCGGGAGCGGGAGCGGAUGGCAGUGCCGAGGGCGAGGGAGAGGGAGAAGGUUAUGGUGAGGGAGAGGGAGAGGCGAGCGGAUCUGCUUCUGGCGAAGCAGGCGCUGGAGCUGGUGGUGACGCCGGUGUCGGUGGUGGCAUUUCUGGCGGUGUAUCUGGGGGUGCCGGUGCCGAUGGGAGCAUCUCGGGGGGUGCUGGUGCCGACGGAAGCGUCUCAGGGGGUGCUGGCGCAGAUGGAAGCAUCUCGGGAGGCGCUGGUGCAGACGGAAGCGCAUCCGGCGAAGCAGAUGCCGGCCUGGGCGGAGAUGCCUCAGGAUCCGCCUCUGGCGAGGCUGGACUGGGUGGCUCCGUCGGUGGUGGCGUCUCUGGAGGCCUGGGAGGCAGCGUUGGCGGCGAUGCGGGCGCCGACGGCUCGAUCUCAGGUGGGGCGGGAGCGGGUGCUGGAGGUGAUGCAGGAAUCGGCGGUUCAGCAGGCAUCGGCGGUUCAGCGGGACUCGGCGGUUCAGCGGGACUCGGAGGCUCAGCAGGUCUGGGAGGUUCCGCAGGCGGCGAGGCUGGAGGCUCAGCAUCAGGUGAAGGAAGCGUGAGCGGCGAGACGGGAGGUGAAGGCUCAGCCUCUGGAGGCGUCGGGGCGGGCAUUGGUGGCGAUGCCGGCCUUGGCGGUUCAGCUGGCGUCGGUGGCUCUGCUGGCGUCGGUGGCUCUGCUGGCGUCGGUGGCUCUGCAGGCGUUGGCGGUUCUGCGGGUGCUGGCGGUUCUGUGGGCGCCGGUGGCUCUGCUGGUGCUGGUGGCUCUGCAGGUGCUGGUGGCUCUGCAGGUGCUGGUGGCUCUGCGGGCGUUGGUGGCUCAGCCGGGGGCGAAGCGGGUGGCUCCGCCUCAGGUGAAGGCAGCGUGAGCGGUUCGACUGGCGGCGAGGGGGAGGGCGAAGGUUCAGGAGAGUCGUCGGGUGAGGGCUCAGGCGAUGGCUCAGGCGAGGCUGGUGGUUCUGCAGGUGCUGGUGGAUCGAUUGGUGGUGGCAUUUCGGGUGGAGCCGGCGGUGAAGUUGGUGGUGACGCCGGCCUCGGUGGAUCCAUUGGCGGUGGCCUGGGUGGCUCUGCGGAAGGCGGCGCGAGCGGUGAAGGCGAAGCAGGCAGCUCGGGCUCAGGAGAAGGUAGCGCCAGCGGAUCAAGUGACAGCUCGGGAUCCGGUGAAAGCUCUGGAGAGAGCUCAGGCGAGGCUGGCGGUUCAGCUGGUGCUGAUGGUUCGAUCGGCGGUGGAAUCGAAGGCGGAGCUGGUAGCAGUUCGAGCUCUGGAGAGGCUAGUUCUGGCUACGGUACUCCUCCCGGCGAGGGAAGCGCGGAAGGUAGCUCCUCCGGCGGCGAUGAUGCUGGUAGCGACGAUUCGGGCGACAGCUCCGACUCAGGCGAGGAUUGCGGAUGCGACACUGCGGUCACCUACACCAGCAGCUUUCUUGUCACGCCCACGCCUCCUGCUGGCGGUCCCGCUGGCACGGCCACGGUCGAUGGUGUUGGCGCCACCCCGCCCGCCGGUGCCGGAAGUGGCCCGAACUACGGAUACGCUCGCGGCGUCACCUACGGCGCGAUCGGAACUCCCUACUCUACUCCUACGCCCACUCCCACACCCGUCCAGUACGAAGGCGCCGCUAGCAAGACUACCGUUUCCAGUGUCCUGAUUGCCGGUCUUGGUCUGCUCUUCACCCUGUUUUAA